AUGAUCUCAGUGGUGGGCAACUUGGGCAUCAUCAUCCUCACCAAGAUGGACUCCAAGCUACAAACUCCCAUGUACUUUUUUCUCAGACACCUGGCUAUCACUGAUCUUGGUUAUUCAACAACUGUUGGACCCAAAAUGCUAGUCAAUUUUGUUGUGAAUGAAAAUACAAUCUCCUACUAUUUUUGUGCUACACACCUAGUUUUCUUUAUUGUGUUCAUAAAUGUUGAACUUUUCCUUCUGUCUGCAAUGUCCUACGACCGCUACGUGGCCAUCUGUAACCCUCUGCUCUACACAGCCAUCAUGUCACGAAGGACUUGUUGGGUACUGGUGGCAAUACCCUAUCUCUACAGCACAUUUUUUUCUCUUUUGGUAACCACAAAGAUUUUUAAUUUAUCCUUCUGUGGCUACAAUGUCAUCAGUCAUUUCUACUGUGACAGUAACCCCUUGUUAUCUCUGCUCUGCUCAGACACACAUGAAAUUCAAUUGAUCACUCUCAUCUUAGCAUCUUUUGAUCUGAUUUCAUCCCUUCUAAUAGUUCUUACUUCUUACCUUCUCAUUUUUGUAGCCAUUCUCAGAAAGAACUCAGCUGUGGGCAGGCACAAGGCCUUCUCCACCUGUGGAUCCCACCUGACGGUAGUGGUAAUGUUCUAUGGGACUUUAAUGUUUAUGUACAUGCAGCCCAAGUCCAGUAAUUUCUUUGACACUGAUAAAGUGGCCUCCGUAUUUUACACCUUGGUUAUCCCCAUGUUGAAUCCCUUGAUUUAUAGCUUAAGGAACAAAGAUGUAAAAUAUGCCCUGAUUAAGACAUGGGAAAAAAUAAGCAAAAUAUUUUCUAAAGUUUGA